UUGUUUUUAUGAGAAAUGUGGCGGCACUGGCUGCGAAACUUGCACUUCCCCCACGCGGUGUUACGCGCAUAAGAAAAGACGGUUGAUACCCCUGCGGUGCUCUGCUUAAAUUGUACGCGGUCGGAAGGGGCGGUGGUUAUACCCGAACACAAUUCGCGUUGAGAAUUGAGACACAGAGAUAUCUGCUUGAAUUCUUUCAGCAAUGACGGAAAUUUCUGAAACCCACACACGAGGGCUCAAAGAUCGCAGAGCGGACGCUCUCGGAGACCUACGUCUCCUUCCCGAUGAAAUCAUACUUGCUAUUUUGGCAAGUCUCGGCGCCCGAGAUGUUUCACGACUCGCUUGUGUUAGCAGUGUGAUGUACAUAUUGUGCAAUGAAGAGCCUCUAUGGAUGAGUCUAUGCCUUAAUAAUGUAAAGGAUCACCUUCAAUACAAAGGCUCCUGGAAGAAAACGGCACUGCUUCAGGAGCAUAUGCCAAAUGGAUAUAUAGAACCUUGCGAAAAGCCUUUGCAUUUUGAUGGAUUCAACUCUUUAUUCCUGUACAGAAGAUUAUAUCGGUGCCACACCACAUUGGAUGGGUUCACUUUUGAUAAUGGGAAAGCAGAAAGAAAGAAAGAUCUCUCUUUAGAAGAGUUCUGUCAUGAGUAUGAUGGGAAAAAACCGGUUUUGCUUGCUGGAUUAGCUGAUACUUGGCCAGCAAGAAGUACCUGGACAACUGAUCAGCUAUUGCUGAAUUAUGGAGAUACAGCAUUUAAGAUUUCCCAAAGGAGUUCACGGAAGAUCACAAUGAAAUUCAAAGAUUAUGUCUCAUACAUGAAAGUUCAGCAUGAUGAGGAUCCCCUGUAUAUUUUUGAUGACAAGUUUGGUGAAGUUGCACCAGGCUUGUUGAAAGAUUACAGUGUGUCUCAUCUAUUUCAAGAAGACUUUUUUGAUGUCUUAGAUAGAGAUCAGAGACCACCUUUUAGAUGGCUCAUUAUUGGGCCAGAAAGGUCUGGUGCUUCUUGGCAUGUUGAUCCAGCUCUUACCAGUGCUUGGAAUACUCUUCUUUGUGGGCGUAAGAGGUGGGCAUUGUAUCCUCCAGGAAGAGUGCCUACGGGUGUUACGGUACAUGUAAAUGAAGAAGAUGGUGAUGUCAAUAUUGAGACUCCAACAUCAUUGCAGUGGUGGCUGGACUUUUAUCCACUUCUUGCUGAUGAAGACAAGCCAAUCGAGUGUACCCAAUUACCUGGAGAAACAAUAUAUGUUCCAAGUGGAUGGUGGCACUGUGUGUUAAAUUUGGAAACCACUAUUGCUGUCACACAGAAUUUUGUAAAUUCCAAAAACUUUGAAUUUGUAUGCCUUGAUAUGGCUCCAGGUUAUCAUCAUAAAGGAGUUUGCCGUGCUGGAAUGCUUGCUUUGGACAAAGGCAGUUUUGAGAAUGGCAAAAUAGAUGCAUUCUGUGAUAAAGAUGGCUUGAACUAUACAGAUCUGACUAGGAAGGAGAAGAGAGUUAGAACUUACCAACCCGGGUUGGAUCCAGAUAACCAAAGUGCAAGAAAUGGUGCCUGUAAUAGUUAUGAUUUGUGGAAUCAAGAUUUUUAUUAUGAUAUAAAUUUCUUGUCCAUGUUUUUGAAUCAAGAGAAAGACCACUACAGUUCUCUGUGGAGCUCAAGCAAUUGCAUAGGACAACGAGAAAUGAGAGAAUGGUUAUGCAAGCUUUGGGUUGGAAAACCAGGAAUGAGAGAGCUUAUAUGGAAGGGAGCAUGUCUUGCCCUAAAUGCAGGCAAGUGGUUAGAGCGCACAGCACAAAUUUGCGCCUUCCAUGGUUUGCCUCCUCCCACAGAUGAUGAGAGGCUUCCUGUUGGCACUGGAAGCAAUCCUGUUUAUCUCAUUUCUGACUCUGUAGUUAAGCUCUUUGUUGAAGGAGGGCUAGAGGCAUCAAUUCACAGUUUAGGUGCUGAGCUUGAAUUUUACAGUCUACUAUGUAAAGUCAACUCCCCUUUGAAAGAUCAUAUUCCUGAUGUCUUGGCUAGCGGGAUUCUCUUUCUUGAUAAUGGAUCUUAUACAAUUGUGCCUUGGGAUGGUAAAGGAGUGCCUGAUGUGAUUGCUAAGUGCAAUUUGGUUCCUGCAAAGUGUGUGGAGGAUGGUUUCUCUUUUGGUGUAUGGAGCAAGAAAGAUUUUGAAUAUAAAAAAGCAGGAGCAUCAACAUAUGAAUCUAUUAGUUCAGCUGAAUGCGCAGGGAUAUGGCCUUAUAUCAUAACAAAACGAUGCAAAGGAAAGAUUUUUGCUCGUUUAAGAGAUACACUUCCAAGGGAUGAUGUUCUAAACUUAGCUUCUUUUUUGGGAAAGCAGCUGCAUAAUCUUCAUAUCUUGCCCCAUCCAUCUUUGAACGAUUCAAUACACUUGUCCCUUGAUAAUGGUUUUAUGGAUGAAAUUUCUGAUAAAAUUGGCAUUCCAGCUGAAUGGGAGACUUUCAUUAGAACUCUAGCCAGGAAGAGAAAUGAUGUCUCCAGCCGCUUAACUAAAUGGGGAGAUCCAAUUCCUAGCAGCCUGAUGGAAAAAGUUGACGAAUACCUCCCAAAUGAUUUUGCAAAGUUGCUCAAUAUAUUCCAGGAUGAAGAUGGCCAAGACAAAGUUAAUCCCUGCUGCUGGAUACACUCAGAUAUCAUGGAUGACAAUAUUCACAUGGAACCAUGUAGGAUUAGUUCUUGCUUGACCACACCUGCCACAGAUUCUUGUCUGACAGGCAAUGGUUCUGCAGAUGGCUGCACAGAGGAAGUAUCAUGGCGUCCUGGCCACAUUCUUGAUUUCAGUGAUCUGUCUAUAGGUGACCCUAUUUGGGACUUGAUCCCCAUACACCUUGAUGUCUUUAGAGGAGACCCUUGUCUGCUUAAGCAGUUUCUAGAAAGCUAUAAACUUCCUUUAGUGAGAAGAACAUCGCAGAAUGGAUUAGAGCAUGAUGAUAAGUUCAGGCGACUAUCGUACCAUGCCAUGUGCUACUGUAUUUUGCAUGAAGAGAAUGUGUUGGGGGCAAUUUUUAGUUUAUGGAAGGAGCUGAAGGUGGCAAAAUCAUGGGAAGAAGUUGAGGAGACAGUAUGGGGAGAGCUGAAUAAUUACGAUGGCUUCUGCUGAUCACACCUUUGAUUGCUCGUUUAGGGGUUGGGUUUCAUGUUGCGGAUGUUGGAGCCUGUUCUGAACACAUAACUUUUACCAAAAUUCUUUCAAUUGGAUGUAGCUGUGAACCUUAAUAAUAAGGCAAUAAUUCCAUUUGUGACUUAAAGAAUUAUUAAUCUAUUUGUUUUUCCGGAAAAGGUGACAAGGUGAAUAAGUGCAUGAAUGCACUGUGACUCUUGUAACGCAGUGCUAUUAUUGUAGUGUUGAUUUGUAACUGAUGAAUGAAACAUUUAUGACUCCGUCUUUCCUUCUC